UCUCCCCCCCUUUUUUCUCCAUAUUUUCUUUUCCAUCCUCUCUCCCUCUUUCUCUCUCUUCCUCUGCUCUGUGGUCUCUGCAACUGAGCAAGAAAAAGCUUCCGUCUUUGCGACAAUCGAGCGCUCGAAAGCGCCCACCAUCCUCGCCGAGGAGCGCUCCCGCGAACCCUAGAGCAGGAGCCUCCAAUGGAGAACCUCCCGCAUUCCCUCCACCCGGGGAAGCUCCCCAAGAAGGCGGCGCCCCGCACCAUCUACGACGACGUCUUCGGCGGGCCGCCCCGGUACGGCGGCGUCCCCGCCCUCUCCCCGCGCGCGGAGGACUACGGCGAGAUAUUCGGCGGGUUUCACGCGCCGCGGGCCUCGGCGAUCCCGGUGCUGGAUCUCGCCCCCGGCGCCGGCGCCGCCGACGCGGGCUUCGUCGACGUGCGGAGCCCCGGGUUCGACUACGCCGAAGUGUUCGGCGGGGCGGGGGGGCUGGAGUUCGCCGACGGGUGGGAGGUCUUGGCCGGGCGGGCCAAUGGCGGGGGCUGCGGUUCCAGUGACGAAGCUUGGACCUCAUCGGCAUCAGAUUAUCUGUCUGAUGAGUCAGACCAUUCUGGAAGUAAUCAAUACUUCUCAAAUGGGGAUUCUUAUAAUUCAGUUGAUGCCGAUAUAGAGUACAACAUGUCGUACCAUAAAGCCAACAUCAGAAGCAUUUCAGAAACUUCAAAUGGGAUUAGACAUGCAAAUCAGAUGCAUGCUGUUCCCGGUUUCUCAUAUUUAGUGGAUCAAAGAUCUGCUAUUCCACGUCAAGAGUAUUCAGAUCCAUCCUCGUGGCAAACUUGUGACGACAACCCAGAUGUUAAUUUGUGCAGGGAAAGGAUGAAGGGAAAAGGCAAACAUCUUAGAAAGACUGUAUCACACCCCUCUAACUCUGCCAAAUUCCAAGAAACAUAUCAAAAUGAUAUGAGACCUCAAAGGGAAUAUGGAAGAAUGAAUUCUUGCCCCAAUAAGACAUUUGUGACGCUUUCGGAGAUCAGCCUCAGGACUGAACCUUCCCAUCUGCCACCACCCUCGAGACCGCCGCCGGCAUUUGAUUUCAUGGCUGGAGAUGCCAGUGGAUUGGCUUCAAGCUGGAAGGAGAUGUCUCCUGAAGGGAGUGAAGGUGAUGGUUCUCCUCGUUUCUUUGAUGUAGAGAUAGAUGCCAGUUCAUCUGCAGCAGUAGCUUCUGCUGCUGCGAUGAAAGAAGCGAUGGACAAAGCUCAAACCAAACUGAGAAGCGCCAGAGACUCGAUGGAAAGGAAGAAGGAGGGUGUGCACCGUACAAAACUGGGUUCUCAUAAAGACUCUAAAGAUAUAGUGGGUAAAGUAAGAGGUAAGGUGGCUGAUGAAGUGGACGGUCGGAAGGUUGAGAGAAUGCAAGCCACCAAUCAGAGAGAUAGCAGCGAAAUGAAAAACUUCGUAGCACGGAACGUGAUGGAGCCAAAACAGGGUAAUGCAGAUGAAAAUAUUUCCAAAAGACGAGGGAAAGAAUUAUCUUCCUCUCAGACGUUUGGCUACUCUGACGAAGCUGCUGAAUGGAAAGACGCAACACUGCUUUCAGAAAUGAUGGGAAUUGAUAGAUCUGGAGAGGCUCAUGAACAUACAUACAGGGUAAGAGUUCUUGAGUAUGCUAAUGAUCAUGGCAAUGGACAAAUUGGGAAAAAGGCGGGUGUUGAAGCUUUUGAGACCCAGGAAAGCAGUCGGAAGAUGAAAUUGGUCAGAGAAGCACAUAGGGGAAAGGAGUUCGAUGACAGUGGCCGAAGGAUAGGAAACAAGGAAAAUCCCUCAGCAUCUAAGCAGGUCCAUAGGCAAGAAGACCCUGAAAGGAAAGAUAAAGUCGUUGAAGGAUUUGUUCAGAGUGAAGGGAUUGAAAAAAAGCAUAACAUGGCUUCGCAUCAGAUUGAAACUUGUAGUAGGCGUGAGAAUGCUCAAUAUAUGAAGAAACAUGAGAGCAUGGGCAAAGUUCUGGGUGAAGUGAAUGACUUUGACAUUAGAAAGGUUGUGCAGCAUGGGCAAGAUGGGAAGAAUCUGAAAAAGGUGAGCCCAAGCUUUGAAUCUGAGGAAGAAUUAAAGGAGAGCUACAAGAUAAGAGAGCAGCUUUCUGACUGGGAGGAGAGAAGACCUGGAAUAGUUAUCGGGCAAGAGAAAAUACAGCAUGGCAGAAGGAUGACAUUGGGGAAUGAAAAUGUGGAGAAGAAUCUGGAGGGAGAUCUCAAGUGGAAAGAAAGCAGUCAAAAGAAGGAAGAGACUGCUGAAGACAAAGAAAAGACAAGGAGACUACGAGAAGUGUCUAAGCAAGAAGAGGAGGAAAAGAAAUUGAAAAAGCUCCAGGAGCUGAAAGACAAAGAAAAGCUAAAAGAAGCUCGAGAAAAAGAAGAGAGCGAGAGACGACUGAGGGAGGCUGACAAACAGGAAGAGAAGAACAGGAGACUAAGAGAGGCUCAUGAACAGGAAGAGAAUGAGAGAAGGCAGAAGGAAAUUCUUGAGAAGGAAGAGAAGGAGAGGAGACUAAGGGAGGCUCAUGAACGGGAAGAGAAUGAGAGGCGGCAAAAGGAACUUCUUGAGAAGGAAGAGAAGGAGAGGAGACAAAGAGAGGCUCAUGAAUGGGAAGAGAAUGAGAGGAGGCGAAAAGAAAUUCUCAAGAAGGAAGAGAAGGAGAGGAGACUAAGAGAGGCUCAUGAACGGGAAGAGAACGAGAGGAGGCGAAAGGAAAUUCUUGAGAAGGAAGAGAAGGAGAGGAGACUAAAAGAGGCUCGUGAACUUGAAGAGAAUGAAAAGGAGAGGAGGCAAAAGGAAAUUCUUGAGAAGGAAGAGAAGGACAGGAGACUAAGAGAGGCUCGUGAGCAGGAAGAAAUUGAGAGGAAGUUCAGGGAGGCUCUUGAGAAGGAAGAGAAGGAGAAGAUGCAUGGAGAAGCUCUGGAAGUGGAAGAAAGAGAGAAGAAACUAAAAGAAGCUCAUGAAAGUGAUGGAGACAAGAAAAAACUGGCAGAAGGUUGGCAACAGGAAGACAGUGGGAAGAUGCUAAAGCCGGCUUGUGGAAGAGAAGCAGCUGAAAAAGUGGUUGAUAAAUCUCAAGCAAAUGAAGGCAACGAGAAAUGUGUUGAAGAGGUUUCUUGGUUUGCAGAAAAUCACGAAGUUUUGAUGGAUGUCCAGAAGAACGAAGAGAUCAAGGUGGCAUUUGAUAAGGGAUCCGAACUGGAGGAAAUGGAUAAUGCAUUCAAAGAUAAUAUUGAGUUUGAAGUGAUAAAUGACAGGCUCCACGAAGUAAGUGAUAUAGGAGAAUUUAGUAGCCUGACAGAAGAUUAUAAGCCAGCUCAGAAGGAUCAGGCGUGCCGGCAAAAUAGUAAUGAGAAUAUCCAGUCAGAUAGUGUGCCUGGGGAAUGUGAUGAAAACUUGGAAACAUCAACAACUACAGAGGUCUCUACUCAGGGCAAUAAAUUACCUAGGAAUGAAUCUGGAAGUGAAAAGAAAGCAUCAGCAGUUGAAAUUACAAGGAUGACUGAUGAGGGUGGUAGGUUUUCUGGUGUGGCCCAAGCCAAGUUGAAAAAUAGAGAGGAUGUAUGUAAAAUGGACAACAUCAGAGAGUCGCGGCCUUUGGACAACAGAGAUAAGAAGAUUAGUGCUGCUCUUGCUGGGGUUGGGCAGAUGGAUGUUGAGGCUAGUGGAAGAGUCUCCCACGCCAGUUGCAGUACUUCAUAUAACGAGGGAAAAUCUGGCCAUGAAAAGGGAGACGGGAAAGAUAAUAUCAAGCAAAACCGGAUACCGUUGCAUCAAAAUGAAAAGAAGGAUAAGUUUACAUCAACUCAAGUCAUGAAAGAGGGAUUUGAUAUUGGAAAGAAGACACAGACAUGUCAGCCAGAUCUAUUAAACCCUCAGAAAACAGGAAAGCAGCACAAUGCUCUCCAGAGUGGGGUUGGAAUAGAGAAGAUUGUAAAUAGAGCGACGAUAGCAGAAUCGAAAGAUGCUGAUGGGUUGAGUAAAGAACAAGAAAUCGAGAAGGAGCGCCUUAGAAAGCUGGAAGAGGAGAGGGAAAGAGAAAGGGAACGAGAAAAGGAUAGGAUGGCAGUGGAUAGAGCAACCCUUGAAGCCCGCGAAAGGGUAUUAUCUGAAACUCAGAGGGCAGGAAGGGCUGCUUUGGAGAGAGCAACUUCUGAAGCUAGGCAAAGAGCAAUAAUGGAGGCACGUGAAAGAUUGGAGAAGGCGUGUGCUGAGGCCCGGGAGAAGUCAUCUUCAGAGGCGAGGCUUCGGGCGGAACGAGCUGCUGUGGAGAGAGCCACAGCAGAGGCUCGAGAGCGUGCUGCUGAAAGGGCGAUGGCUGAGAAGGCCACUUCUGAUAGAUUCUCCACUUCAAGAUAUAAUGGAAUGAAAGAAAGUUCACAAUCAUUGGAUCUGAGGGACACACAAAACCAAACUGCAGGCUCUUCCAGCAAUUCAAGAUAUGCAUACUCCUCUGGAUAUAGUGGUUCUCAUAAUGCUGAGAGAUCUGAAGGAGUGGAAGGUGAAUCGGCUCAAAGGUGUAGAGCAAGGUUAGAGAGACAUCGACGGACAGCCGAACGAGCGGCUAAGGCUCUUGCAGAAAAGAAUAUGCGCGAUCUACUUGCUCAAAGAGAGCAAGCAGAGAGAAAUAGAUUGGCUGAAACUCUUGAUGCGGAUGUCAAAAGGUGGUCAAGUGGUAAAGAAGGGAACCUACGUGCAUUGCUCUCGACGUUGCAAUAUAUCCUAGGGCCUGAUAGUGGAUGGCAACCUGUUCCACUGACGGAAGUGAUAACCUCUGCUGCUGUCAAGAGAGCUUACAGGAAGGCCACCCUCUGCAUUCAUCCCGACAAAUUACAACAACGAGGUGCAAAUAUUCAGCAGAAGUACAUCUGCGAAAAGGUCUUUGAUCUUCUCAAGGAGGCAUGGAACAAAUUCAACUCAGAGGAGCGAUAGCCCAUGAUUUCACAGUCCGCUAUCUCGAUGUAAUUAUAUCCAUCCCCGUAGCUCGUGGGCGCUGCGGAAAAGAACGGCCUAUACUUAGCGAUACUCGGAUGUAAGAGUAGUCUUCAAGUAGUCUUUUUUCCAAGUCUUCAAGCUAGGUUUAACACUUGUACAGAUGGAAGAAAGGUUGGUCGCUCUCUUUGUGCUGCAGAAACAAUUUCGGAUAGUCCGAUAUCCAUUGUCGGAGAGACCGGGAAAUUAGUAUCAUCCCAUCUUCCCUCAUUUUUGGAGCAAUGCGCAGCUCAUCCUUUCAUGAGCAUCAGAGCAUGUAUAUGUCAAAUGGCGCUCCUUUAUUCUCUUUCCUUCUCCCCUGUGUUGUGUGCUGGGAUGUGAAUGAAGUAGAAAUUUGGUAAGUGGUA